UAAAAAUAAUAUAGAUAGGUACCUACCCACAUAUGUAUAUGAUUUGAAUUUUUAAUUAAAAUAAAUACCCACCUACGUACUUCUCAAUUCCAUUUCAUUGCAAUAUUACAAAAAUAAAGUUUCAAUUAUUUAAAAAAUCGAAAUGGCAGUCCCGGUAUUACGCCAACCAAAGUUGAAACAGGAGAAAUCUAAAAUUGUAAUGGAUAUUCCUAACGUAAUAAUUACUUUGAAAGACAAAACACGGCUUGUAGUGUCGUCUGACGCAUACCACGGAAUAUUAAUGGCCAGUAACAUGUACAAAUGUGUGUUUUGUAGAACAGAUAUGGAUCUCGAUAUGGUAUAUAAAGAGCAGCACAAAAAUACUAAUACGCAUAAGGAGAACCUAAAAAACUACCCUCACAUUGAUGGGUACGACGAAAAUUUAGUGCGAAAGUUAAACAAAGACAUGUGGUACUGUACGAUAUGUCAAAUAACGGUCGCAACCUCCUGCUUAUCACGUCACAUCAACACCAGUUCUCAUUGUGAAGAAUUGAGGAAGGCCAUCGUGAAAGCUACAGCGUAUCACAAAAUACAUAGCACACACCUUGUUGAGGUACCAACCUGAGGGAAGAGGAAAACAUCAAGUUAUUGUUUAAUAACUCAUCAAUAGACAGCUUAGGCAUGAUUACCAUUCCAUUUCCUUCUUCCAAAAGACUGUAAAAUGUAUUUUGAUAUUGUAGUGUUAAAUGUUAUUCAAUAAAAAAU